AUGGAAACAAAUUUUUUAAACGUAUUAUUUAUGAUUCUUUAUCUUUUUCAAAAUCAUAUUUGUUCGAUUGUGACCAAUGAUCCAUCGGAUUUUCGAUUUGUCUCGUACAAUGAAAUGUUACGAAAUGUUCAAAUUUAUCAAGAAAAUGAUGAUAGUUUUGACGCAAUCACCAUUGAUCCACAAAGAGAUCAAAUUAUUAUUGGAGCCAAAAAUGCAAUAAUUCGUUUAUCUUUACAUAAUUUUCAUUUAUUGGAAAGAUUCAAAUGGGAAUCUUCAUCAAAUGAAAUAAAUAUGUGUCGUAGUCAAAUUCAAACAUUCAAUCAAUGCGAAAAUUAUGUUCGUGUAUUAGCUAUUCGUUCACGUGAUCAAUUAUUAUUAGCAUGUGGUACUAAUUCUUAUCGUCCUAUUUGUAUGUGGCGACGUCUUGAUUCUUUAUCAACAAUAAUUCCGAAUGAAAAUUUUAUUUCUGGUGAUGGAAAAUCUCCUUAUAAUAGUCAAUUUCCAUCAACAUAUAAUUUAAUUGAUACUGGUGAAUUUUAUUCAGCAACAAGUAAUGAACCAGUAUUUGGUGUCAAUGAUCCUUUGAUACAAAGAAGUUUCAGUCAAGGAAAACAACUACGAACACAACAACACGACUCGAAUUGGUUAAGAAAUCCAUAUUUUGUGCGCAUAUUAGAUAUCGGUUCAUAUGUUUAUACAUUUUUUCGCGAAAUAGCUCUUGAACACUUAUCAUGCGGAACAACUGUUUAUUCUCGUGUUGCUCGUGUAUGUAAAUAUGAUGAUGGUACAAUGAAAUUUAGUGAUACAUUUCGUUCAUUUUCAAAAUUACGUUUAUCAUGUUCAAAAAAAAUAAAUAACGAAAUAACUUCAUUUGAUUAUAAUGAAUUACAAUCAGUUUUUUUUGAUCACACAUCAAAUUUGAUUUAUGGAGCUUUUAAUUUACCAAGAAGUGGUUUAUCCGGGUCAGCGAUAUGUACAUAUAAAACUGAUGAUUUACAACGGAUAUUUUCAUCUCCUUAUUUAACACAAAAAUCGAAUGAAUCAUAUUGGUUACCAUCUACAGUAAAACAAGAAUCGGAAAAAUGUGAACCAAAUCAAUCAAAUGAGAAUUUAGUAUCAUCAGGGCCAGUUCUUCAAUCAGGUGUACUUCAAUCAUCGUAUGAUGCAGUAACAUUGGAUAAUAUUCGUAUUGGACAUUUAUUAAUUAAUCAUUUUUAUGGUAUAACAAUUUUAUUUGUUAUUACUGAUGACAGCUUAGUAUUAAGAAAAUAUUCGCUGAUAAAUAAUCAACAAUUAUGUUUAAUUGAACAUAUUCAACUGAAACCAACUAAUACUCCACAUCAUCAAUGGAAAAUUAAUAAGGCAGAAUUUAUCUUAGAAACGAAAGAAAUAGUAAUGACAACAACGAUAUCAGUCGUGAAAUUAUCUGUUGCACGUUGCGAUAGAUUUAAUACAAGUAACUUAUGUUUAUCUGCUAUGGAUCCAUAUUGUACAUGGGAUAACAAUCAACAACGAUGCAUUUUAUUCACAAAAUCAUCCUCGACAUUUCCUUCUUCUCGUCCAUUAUUGACAUGUCCUAUUAUUAAUACAACAAUUGAUGGUGGUUGGACAUCAUGGUCAUCAUGGUUUACGUGUGAACAAGUAACAGGUGAGAAAUGUCAAUGUCGUACAAGAACAUGUACACAACCAACACCACAGUUCGGUGGUCGAUUAUGUCAAGGAUCAAAUGUGGAAAUAACGCGUUGUGAAGUUCAUGGCGGUUUUUCUUCGUGGAGCGAAUGGAGUCUUUGUUCGAAAACAUGCGGAAAAUCAUAUCGAUCAAGAACACGAACAUGCACAAAUCCUGAACCAAAAAAUAAUGGUCGUUUAUGUAUCGGAGCAGAGCGUGAAGAAGAAUUAUGUCCAGAAAUAGUUUGCUCAGAACAAUCAUCACGAUUAAGUUCUUGGACUGAUUGGGAUACAUGUUCAAGAACUUGUGGUGGUGGAAUACAAAAACGACGAAGAACUUGUUUGAGCAAUGGAGAUAAAUGUUUUGAAUGUUUAGAAGAAACACGUUUAUGCAAUGAAUCACCAUGUCCAAUUCAACAAGUAACAUUAUGGAGUGAUUGGACACCCACUAUAAAUCCUAUUAAAGAUGGUUUUAUUACUGAAAAACGAACUCGUUUUGUAUGUACAAUUGGUUCAUCAUCUGGUCAACAGCUACCAGAAAUAACAUCAGAUACAGUUAUGUAUCGAGUAUGUAAUAAUCAAGGAGGAAAUGAUUGUCAAGAAACAGACUCUUUAGAUAAUUUGAAUUUUGAUGAUUGGUCACCAUGGUCAGUUUGGAGUGAAUGUUAUCCUGCUUGUGAUAUACUUGGUUCUAUCGAAACUCGUCGUCGGACAUGUUUAGGAAAACGUUGUUCAGGAAGUGAUAUUGAAAAACGGGAAUGUUUAUCAUGUACAUCAUUGAAAUCGAGUAAUUGGUCUUGCUGGACAGAUUGGUCUGAAUGUUCAUUAUGUACAUCAUCUCGUUUACGUUCAAUAAAAUAUCGUACACGUAUGUGUUUUACAAAUUCUUGUCAAGGUGAAUCACGCGAAGAACAUUUAUGUUCGCCAUGUCCAUUAUUAUUAAAAUCGUUUCCAUUGAUUGAUUCCAUUAGUGAAAUGCGUUUUACAUUAAUUCAUAUAAUACUUGUUAGUCUUAUAUCAUUUUUAUUUGGUUGUCUUUUGAUGCUUUGCAUAAUAAUCCUAUGUCGCUAUCGUCGUCGUCGUCUUCAUUCCCACUUUAAACAUAGACAAGCAUCAAAUACAUUUCUUCACGCAGAUGAUCGAGAUUAUUUUCAAGCAUCAACAUCAAAUUCAUCAUCAAGUCCACAUACAGCACAAGAUUCUGAUACAUUCACAACAUUAUCAAAUACAAAUAAUAAUACCAAUAAAUUUCGAAGUUUUGAUUCAUCAUCAUCAUCAACGAAUGGUGGUGUAAGUGCUUUUCUUAAAGAAAUUCCAUCAAGAAAAUUAAAUAUGUAUAUCAAUCCAAGAGAAAUGCCACCAUUACCACCAGCAGCAACAUUAAAACGAACAUCAUUGAUGUCAUCAAUGAAAACAAAUCUUGAUGCUGAUGAUCUUUAA